AUGGUUUUUCGUUUGUUUAUCCUUUUCGUAUGUUUUGGUCCAUUAUCGACGGCAAUAUCAUGUUAUGACUGUUUAUCUGUACCUCAACUAUACAAUUAUACAGUUACAGCUGAUACAAUACCGAAAGCAUAUAAUGAUUGUCCAAUAAAAAGCAAUCAGACAAUGUGUUAUAUUAGUUUUCAAUUACUUUUGACUUCGAAUCAAACCAAAAUCAUCUUCGCAUCAACUGGUGAAAGAACAGAAAAAUCUUCUGUUUCACCACUACUUUCCAUCCGUGCUGAUACUCAUGGUUCAGGAGCAAAUCAAUCUACAAAACAUGUCUUCCAUUAUUCAUGUGCAUCUGAUCAAUGUACUAAUGUCGAUAUACUUCGACGAAUAUUACGAUCAUCAACUGUAACUGAUCAAUUCGUUGAUUUUAAAGAUCUUUUAAUACCAGUUGAACCAGUCGAUGGUCAUUCUUGUUUGCUGUUUUUUAAUAAAACAGAAAGUGAUAUAUGUGAUAUGGAUAUACCAACUGAUCCACACCAAUGUAGAGUAUGUUCCACAAAAGAUAUGCAAGAUUCACAAGGAUAUCGAAUAUGUGCUGGUUGUUUUGCAUAUGGUCAUCAUAUCUCAGCAAUAGUCUAUGAAGUUCAAUUUGAUAUCAAUGAUCAAACAUCUGAAGAUGAUUUAUUAAUUAAUUGUCAACCAAAACAUUGUAAUGGAAUUGAAACAAUAAAAUUAAUUCGACAAAAAACGUUGAUUCAAUUCAAUUAUAAUCAAUUUAUUAAUGAUUCACAAAGAAGCAAAUUGAACAUAACAUUAUUUUUUAUGAUGAUUGUGCUCUUAAUUCAAACUCUAUUUUAA